CACACCGCGAGAGUGACCGCGGAAUGGGGAGGUUUUCCUCAGUGACCCUUCGGGCCUCCCUCAGGGUCGGCGUGCAGGGGAGCGAUGUAAUUGCCCACCUGUGCAGUGACGUCAUUGCAGCUUAUGGAAGACGAAUCAGUGUCAGAUUUUGCAGUUCAGGAAUGACCUUAGAUAGUAUCAAUCGGGCAGCUGUGGAUCGAAUAAUCCGGGUGGAUCACGCAGGCGAAUAUGGAGCCAACCGCAUCUAUGCUGGGCAGAUGGCUGUGCUGGGUCGUUCAAGCGUCGGGCCCAUCAUUCAGAAAAUGUGGGAUCAAGAAAAGGACCAUUUGAAAAAGUUCAACGAGUUGAUGGUUACGUUCCGGGUUCGGCCGACAGUUCUGAUGCCCCUUUGGAAUGUGGCGGGGUUUGCCCUGGGGGCAGGGACUGCCUUGCUGGGGAAGGAAGGCGCGAUGGCCUGCACGGUGGCGGUGGAAGAGAGCAUAGCUCAUCACUACAACAACCAGAUCAGGAUGCUGAUGGAGGAGGACCCUGAAAAAUACGAGGAACUUCUUCAGGUGAUAAAGAAAUUUCGAGAUGAAGAGCUUGAGCAUCAUGAUAUAGGCCUUGACCAUGACGCAGAAUCGGCUCCUGCAUACGUCAUCUUGAAGAGUAUUAUCCAAGCUGGAUGCAGAGCAGCGAUAUAUUUAUCAGAAAGAUUUUGAAGGGAAAUGUGAUUUUAAAAUUGGACACCAUCCAAAGACGAUGCCAGGACGACAAAGAAUGUGAUUCUUGCAAGCAGCGUAGUUCCACAGAGACCAUCUGAGCCGCAGUUCUGCGCACGCCUUUCGUUCCCUCACCAGGCGGCCUGUGGUCUGGGGGCCCACAGCAGCGGCAUCACACAUGGGAGCCUGUUAGAAACGCAGGAUUUCGGGGUCCUCUCCAGGCCCACUCCAUCAGAAUUUGCGUUUUAGCAAGAUGUGGUUUUAACGUAUGUUUACGAAUCCCUGAUACUCCUCUGUUCAAUGGAGCUUAAUUCCCUUUGCCUUGACUGUGGUCUGUACCCAGUGACUUGUUUCUAACACGGAAUGUGGUGGAAACCGUGGAGCAUGACGUUCAAGGAUAGGUCAGAAAAGACGUUGCAGUUUCUGCCUUCCCCGACAGGAUUACUCACUUUGGGGGAGACCAGCUGUGGCGUCACCAGGACACUCAAGCAGUUACUCAGUGGAGAGGUUCACGUGGCCCAGUACCGAGGCCUCCUGCCAACAGCCACGUGAGAACUCCAUCUUGGAAGUGAAUCCUUGGAAGUGGCCCCAGUGGAGACUUCAGAUGACUGCAGCCCCCAACAUCUUGAUGGCCACCUCAGGAGAGACCCCAAGUCAGAGUCACCCAACUAAGUCAUUCUUGAAUCCCCGAACCUCAGCAACUGUGUUAGGUAAUAGUUUGUUGCUUUCAGCUGCUGGUUUUUGGAGCAAUCUGUAAUGCAGCAAUAGAUAACAAAUACACAACACCGCCAGGUGAUUUGGAAGCACAUUAAAAUUUGAGCAGCACUGAACCAGACCAUGAACUCCUGGAAGGCAGAGACCAGCUUGGUCAUUUCCAUGUCUUCACAGCUAAGCACAAUGCCUGACACUCAGUAAAUCUUUGUUGGACAAAAUACAAGGUUAAACUGCCCUGUUCUCAAAAAGUUAAAACUUUUUGUAAUAACUAAUACCUGUAUGCAUGUGGCAAAAUAGUCCAGCAGUGCUAAAGGAUAUUUACAGUGA